GUAUUUCCUUAUACAAUUACAAAUAAUACAACUUGAAGACACAGCAUGUGACAUAGGCCUUUAAUGUCAAAUAUACUGCAAUCAUGAAAUACAAAUACAAAGUCUUGAGUAAAACAUGCAUUUAUUUGCAUGAAACCAAUAGAGCAUUUAUAAAAAAAGAUAUAUAGCUUAAUUAAUAAGAAUAAUGUAUUUACUUUGACAUACAAAAAAAAAAAACUGGUAGUACAACACCCAAAUAAAACUUGAAAUGGACUGAAAACAUGAUGACUGUAGGGAUUUUUUUUUUUUUUUAGUGAGCAAUCAGCUUGGGAAAUUAAAAGUAGGCUACAUCUCCGUCUCUUGAUCAGUGUUUACCGAGCUUGAUAACUGAUGAAAUUGUUAAAAAGAACAGCCAAACAUCAGUUCACUAGUAAAAUAUGUUGUUUAAAUUGUGCCUUUAGUUAUUAUGCUGGAAUCAAUGAAAAAUUCUUAAACUAACAUUAGUUUUAUACUUGGUUUUAACUAAUAAAAUUUGAAUUACAUAGUUUACAAAACAUAAUUAUAUUGGGUUUCUCUAGUUUAUGUGGAUAUUUAACCAUGAAGAUGUGACAACAUUAAUGUGAUAUAUAGCUACUAAUGUUUUAUUAGACCAAAGGUUAAUUUUGCGCCGGAGUUCCUCCUUAGCUAGUUACGCUUUUGGGACCACAGUAGGUAACUAGUACGACAAUAUGUGUGUAUCUAGUUAACUAAACUAGGCUAAAAAAAAAAACAAUUCCUAGUUUGGAGAAGCAGAAGUUUUGGAGUGUUACAUAAAAGAAAACAAAAUUUCAAUUAUUAUUGUUUUUGUUUUUUUCUUAUUUGGAUAUUAUAUAUUAUUAUGGAUAUUAUAUUUUAUUAUCUUUAUUUUGUUUUUCUAUAUCAAUGUUCAGAAGUUAUAGAUGCAAGAAUAACAACAUCAAAUUUCCAGGCACAGUGCUAAGGCUUUAAAUAAAAUGCACUUUUUACACUUUGUUACACAAUGGAGUCUUGAUUUUUUUUUUUUUUUUUUUCUGUGAAGACCCAGUGUCCACAUAUGUGGCCAUCAUACGGUCUAAGAACUGUAUCAUGUAUAAUGAGCGCUGUAGCUCAUUUAGGAGUUCAUUGUGGCAGAAUCGGUAUAAUCAGACCUAACAUACUUGAGAAAAAAACUUCUGUUUUGGCUUGUUUUACUCUUAAGAAAAGUCUCAUAGUAACAUUUUUUUUCAUUUGUAGAUAGCUUUGAUAUGAAAUAAGGGCCAGGGGCUCAGCUACAUCAAUUGAGAAAAAAAUCCUCCUAUUUGGUGUUUAAAAUAUGUAGAAAAAUGGGGUGGAAAAAAAUGUGACCUAAUUCGGAUAAAAUGGAAUAAAAAUAAAUAGUAAUAAAAAAAUAUAGUGUAAUGUACGUCCUGAGCCUAGAUGGACGCGAUAAAUUUAAAAGUCGCGACUGUGUCACUUCAAUUAAAAACCCCGCCGCCAGAGCCAUGUAUGGCUCUGCCCCCCGCGAUUGUGACAUCAUAGUGCGCGUCACUGUCACUGCAGAGCAAAUGGGUGGAGCUUACGUUUUGUUCCUCAAGCACAGCCUGAACCGAUUCGCGGGAAUUUUUUUUCUUUUUUUUUUCUCCGAUUUGCGGGAAAAUGAAAUACUUCUUCCUUUCACUCAUCACGCCACUUCCUGGACUCUCGCGCUGAUAAGAAGUUUAACGGUCUGAAAUGAACACCGUUGUGAUAUCCCUCUCACCCUAGCACCAAACAUCCGCAAGGAUUGAUCUUCAGUACCCUCCCGAUGAAUCCGAAGGAAAGUACUGGGAAUGGUGUGGACAGUACGGGAAGUAGUGAUGAAGAUCCUAUUUGUGACCAGGACAGUGUGGCCAGCAGUGUGGACAGCACAGCAGAGGAGAUGUUUAUGGAUGGUCUUGACCCUGUUCUAGAUCGGCCUUCAUGUGACAUUUACACACCAGAGGAGGACUGUGAUUCAGAGUCCUUCACAUCUUCCACUGCUGAUAAGGAUGGCAUGGAGAGUGAAAAUGAUGGUUUCUCUGUUGUAUCAACAGAAAGGUGGCACAGCUCAGAUGAAGCAGAUGUUGAACCGCUUCAGCUGGAUUUCACUCCUGUCCAAGAACCUGGGCCAAAGUUUUUACCAAAAAGGCUUAAAAGUCCUCUUCAGUUUUUUCAACUGUUGUUUCCAAAGACAAUGAUGCAAUCUAUUGUAGCGCACACAAAUGACUAUGGGACCAAGUGCAGUGAUGUGAGUGAUCAUUGGCUCUACGUUUCUCCGAAAGACUUGAAGUCGUACAUAGGACUGGUCAUUUACACAUGUCUCGUGAAGUGCUCUUUGCUGACAGAAUAUUGGAGAGAAUCACAGUUCAGUCCACCCUUUCCUGCACAAGUCAUGUCUUAUCAAAAAUUUGUGACAAUCGCCAAUGCUCUUCAUUUCAGUAAUACCCAGGAAGAUGAGAAAAAUGACUUGAAGAAGGGAACAUCAGCCUAUGAACGGUUGGGUAAAAUUCUACCUCUAUAUCAAGGCAUUAGGGAGGCUUGCAAGACUUACUUCCAUCCCUUUCAGAACAUCACCAUUGAUGAAAGAAUAGUAGCAGCACAGCCUAGAACUCGACUCAAACGACGCAUCGAAAACCAAUCUGCUGAUAGAGGAUACAAACUCUUUGCACUGACAGACUGCACCUCUGGCUAUACGUGGGACUUCUUUAUCCACGAGGGGAAGUCGUGUUCUUCACAGAGCGAGGGCUUGAGUUAUGAGUCCGUUAUGGCAUUGGUGGAUGAAAAUAUGUUGGGCUCUGGGUACAAACUGUUCGUAGACAAAUUUUACACCAGCGCCACACUCUUCAGUGACCUCUUGUGUAAAAAGGUCUGGGCUUGUGGCCCUGUAUGGGCAAACAGGGCAGGUUUCCCAAAAACAACUGUGAACAGACUGUCAAGGACCGCCCCGCGCGGCACCAUGCGUUGGAUUAGGGAUGACGAGCUGCUGUUUGUUGAGUGGAAAGACUCGCAGCAAGUGCAGAUGUGCUCCACCUUCCAUAAAGCCUAUGAAGGAGAUACCGUGCAGAGGAAGGUGAAGGGUGACGCUCAACCGACCCAUGUGGAGGUCCCCAUUCCAGCUGUGGUGUUGGACUACAACAGGAACGUGAGGACAGUGGAUCCAUCCAUUUUCGUUACUGGGCAUUACAGAGUGCUACACAAACCAAAAAAGUGGUAUCAGUGUGUUUUUUAUCACCUUUUGGACAUCGCCGUGGAGAAUGCAUUCAUUUUGUAUGUACUGGUGUCAAAGAGAAAAAAACAAAAAGCAUUGACGCGAAUCGCAUUCCUAGAGAAGCUUGUUUUAGAGCUAACUGAAAUGGAUGAUGAUGAGGACAGGUCUGACUCUACACCAGGUCCUUCCUCAGCUUCUCCUCCCGCGACUUCCUCAGCAUCUCCUGAAUCAUCAGUUGCUGAAGGAUCCCACAAUCCCAAGUACUUCAUUUCGGACAGUACUGUUGGUAGACGUAAGUGCAAGCUCUGCCACCAGAAAACUCCAAUCAUGUGUGCGACUUGCGAAGUGCCACUGUGCUUUCAACCCAAGCGUGACUGUUUUAAUAACUGGCAUGAACAAGGUGUUUGAUUCAUGACUGUGUUCAAGGUAUGUAAAGGAAUGUUUCUCCUACUUUUUCAGGAUGCUCGCUUGAAUAAUUUAAAUAAAACUCCUUUGU